GGCAGACCUGUGCAGACGCGCGUCUGGAAGACAUAACGGGAACACUAAAGGACUAUUGUGGACGAAUCAAAAUGAAAAGGAAUCACGAUUUUAGCUCCUCGGACAGCGAGCUGGAUGAGACCAUUGAGGUGGAGAAGGAGAGCGCGGAUGAGAAUGGGAACAUGAGCUCGCCUCUCGGCUCCAUGUCUCCCACAACAUCUACUCAGGUGCAGGCGAGGAAAAGGCGUCGAGGAAUCAUUGAGAAACGGCGCCGUGACAGGAUCAACAACAGCCUGAGCGAGCUCCGCAGGCUGGUUCCCAGCGCCUUUGAGAAACAGGGCUCAGCCAAACUGGAGAAAGCGGAAAUAUUGCAAAUGACUGUUGACCAUCUGAAGAUGCUUCAUGCUGCUGGAGGCAAAGGUUAUUUUGACGCCCAUGCUCUGGCGAUGGACUACCGUGGUUUGGGUUUCAGGGAGUGCCUCACUGAGACGGCCCGCUAUCUGAGCAUAAUCGAAGGCCUGGACGGCACAGACCCUCUACGGAUCCGCCUGGUCUCCCACCUUAACAACUACGCCAGUCAAAGAGAGGCCCACUCCGGCCUCAGUCAUCUGGCGUGGGGCUCUGCGUUCGGAUCCCCUCCUGCCCACCUGACCCACCCCCUCCUCCUCCAGCAUCAGCAGGGUGCACCGUUAGCACCUUUACCCCGCAGCGCCACCAGCAGCCCACAAACUCCUCUGUCGACUACAUCCACCUCUUCCUCCUCCUCUUCGUCGUCAUCCAUUACAGAAACCCACGUCCCGGGCAGGCGCAGCGGCAGCGCCACCCCCCACACAGAUCAAGGUCCGAUCCGGGUUCCCCCCCCCACUGCGGCUCCCAGCACCGUCCCACACCCCGCCUUGGUGUCCUCAUCAGCAUCCAAGCUCUCCCCUCCUCUCCUCUCCUCCCUCUCGGCGUUCCCCUUCCCCUUCAGCGCCUUCCCCAUCAUCUCCCCCACCAUCAGCGCCCCCGUCCCAACAUCCAGUGUGGGCAAACCGUACAGACCCUGGGGGAUGGAGAUAGGAGCUUUCUGACUGAGAUGAGAACACAAUUUACACAUAGACUCAUGACCCAGCUGAGCUGGACUUUCAAGGACAAGACUUUUUUUUUCAGCUACGAAAGUACUAUUUUUUCUAUGAUCAUCCCACAGAGGAUACACCUAGCUGCUCUGUAAAAUCUGACAAGUUGAUUUUUACAACAAAAAAAAAAUCUAGGAAACUGAUUGCCUUAAAAAAUGUAAGUAAAUGUAACUAUUGAUCUUAAUUCAUGUUGACUUUAUAUGUAAUUGUUAAGUUUAUUAAAAAUUUUGUUAUAUGUACUUGAUUUUGUGAAGUUAUUGCAACUUAAAAAUGACAAAUUAAAUUAAAUCAAUCUUCCUAAGUUUAAGCAGCUUCAGUAAACAAAGUAUAUCAUGUUGUAUAUCUGUAUUCUGCUGGUUGCAAACUAGUCAGUCAUAUUUGUAUUUUCAUAAACAGUGGGGAAACAGAACUGGCAGAUUUUCUGACUUCAUAAUUUGCAAAAUCAUCUUUGUCAUGAUGAAGUUAAGUCAGACUAACUUGGUUAAGUUAAGUUGCUGACACUGAAUAAACCAGAUUUUUUUUUUUUUUAAGUUGCAACAACUUCACAAAAUUAAGUAAAU